AUGGCUCCGCUUGCUACAGCGCUUGCCAGCGGCUGCUACUAUGGCUGCGGGUGGCGGUGGACGUGGUGGGGUUCCCUUAUAGUCACCCUUGUCAUCCUCGUGUUUUCUUUCGGCAUCGGCGCAUGCGUGUACAACUCCAUGAGAAAGCGCCGCAUGCAACAAGAGCAGGAAAUGGCCGCCUGGGCAUCGCAGCAGGGGCAGCAAUACCAGCAAUCAGGAGGCGGACCAGAACCAGUGCCUGGUUACCCUGUUACAGGAGCGCCGCCUGGUGGUUACCCGUACCCUCCUCCCCCUCCUGGUGGUUACCCUCCUCCCCCUCCAGGGGGCUACCCCCCUCCCCCUCCAGGGGGCUACCCUCCUCCCCCGCCAGGGGGUUACCCGCCUCCGCCCCCAGGGGGUUACCCCCCUCCUCCGCCAGGUGGUUAUCCACAGCAACCAGCAGGCGGUGCAUGUGCCCCUCCAUCGUCCUCCGCUCCGCCUGUAUAG